AUGAGGGUAUUCAAGUCGUUGAACUGCAUCCUCUGCAAGAAACCGUUUGUGCCGAUCGCAAAUCAACCUCGAUCUCCACGGCAUUUGAAUUGUGGAUUAGCGAUGUGCCAUGAAUGCUUCGAGAAAGAGGAAUCUUUGGAGAAAGACGAAAGAAAGCAUCAAUGUGAUUCAGAAAUAUGCUUUGACAACCCGAAUUUUGCCUACUUUCUAAUUGAUGUUCUGUCAUCGGAUUAUUUGAUGCUUUCGCCAAUCUUAGGUGGCUAUCUACUUGUGAAGCCAUUCAAACUUCCUGAAUGCAUAAUUUGUCAGGAGGAGUACUCACAUGAGGGUGAAAAAAGCUCCCGUGCUUUAAAUUGCAAUCACGUUCUGUGCACUGAAUGCUACCUGAAGAGACGGGUAGAAGAUGAAGAAGAAGAAGGGGAAAUGUAUACGAUCACAUGCCCACUUUGUGAUGAUUCGUUCGGCGAGUCUGCGUUCGGCGAUUCUAAAAGGGACCGGCUUCAGGAUUUUCUGAAAGAGCUGCCAAAAAUGACGCAACAACUGGAAGAUAUGGAGGAAGCGGGACAACGUUUUUGUGAUAAAUGCGCGAAAGUGGACAGUAUCAGCGAAAUGUUUCACUGCAAUGAGUGCACUUUGAAGCUUUGUGGGACGUGUUCGUAUAAGAAACAUCGUCAACACGUGACAAUGGUUCUUUUGCAAGAAGAGGUUAAUCAAGUCUCAGACAAGCUUCGUGAAGUUUCAAUUGGCGUGAUCAAUACCUACGAUUUGUUGUUCCCGGAUCUUCACAAGGAACUCCAUGGUGAUAUCGAAGGAUUUAAACAGAAACUUUUGGACAAAGAGAGGGCCCUCAGGAAUGUGCCAACUUUCGAGGAUUUGAAAAAGAAACGAGAUAAAUGCACAAAGCUGACGACGGAUUUCGAGAUGUGCUCAGAGGAAUACAUACCUCAUUUACGGAAAUAUGACAGAAUAAUCAAAGAACUGAUUCAAAGUCUCGACGAUGUUCAUGACGAUGACGAUGACCGAGUGGAGAUCGAGACCGGCAAGCCGGAUCUGUUG